UCAAGUACAGGUAUUUUGGUGGCCUCGUUCAGUCAGAAAUACAGUAUCGUAAACAUUUCAGUGUGAUGCAGUUCUCCACCCCUGCAAACUACAGCCUCAAUAAAAACAGUGUCAAUCAAAAUUGAUCAUGAUUAUCUUUGUUCAAUCUGAUUGUUGUGGGGACUGAGUAUCAAACACAUCGUGGCCAGUGACUGUGAAGGACAUGAACGCGACACGAGCAGGUCGGCGAUUAGGGUAGAGUACGCAUGCGCAACAGUUGCCAUGGCGCAGGCGAGCGCCGUCGAGCAAACUGUUUCUUCAACUUAAGUCAAGCAACAUCUUCGCGUACACUGAGACGACGACGUCAGCAAAGGCGCUUUUAUCUCACCUGUUUUCACGUUUUUCUUGUAGCCUUAGUUAGCGGCGCCGUGUAGCGUGACGUGAGGUUUGGCACGGUGAAAAAUGAAUCACUCGCUGGCAAUCGCCGUGUGCAUUGUUUUCAUUUUAAAUCGAUGACUCGGAAGUUGGUAUGAACACCGCAACCAAAAUGAAUGUCCUUAAUGGGAAGUUGAGACGCACGGCUCCCAUGCAAGGCAGCAGUCGAAACGAACUGGUCUCGUCCAAGACCCCGCGCGUGAACGGUUGGACGUGGCCCCCUCAGGUCUUCCAAGUCAUUGCCUGGCUGUUGUACAACUACCUCGCCGUGGUCGCCUUUGGCAUGUUCAUCCCCCUCCUACCUCUGCCUUGGAACCACGUGCUCUACACUUUUACAGGUUUGGCCUUUCUGGUGCACUUGCUCAGCCAUGUCGCCGCGGUCACCAUAGAUCCAGCUGAUGCCAGCGUGAGGGCCAAAAAAACGUACACCGGCCCCAUGCCACUUUUUGACCGCACAGUGCAGCUUCAUGUCAUCCAAGACUUGCACUGUUACUUGUGUGAAGUAAAGGUUGGGCCCAAAGUGAAACACUGUAGCAUUUGCAACAAGUGUGUGUCGGAUUUUGAUCACCACUGCAAAUGGCUGAACAACUGUGUGGGUGGCAGAAACUACAGGUACUUCUUUGCAGCCGUGACCUCUGCAGCAGUCGGCGCGGGCUUGCUUGUCACUGUUAUCUUGUUUGUAUUUAUCCAACACUAUCUUGAUCCAAACGUCCUACGGUCCAACCCGCAAUUCCACAGUAAGUCAUCACACGAUUGGAUAGAGGCCACAAAUGGAUUGUUUGUUCAGAUAAUUUCUUCAUUCAAACGUGUGUGCAUGUAUGUCCACCUUUCUGCAGGUUUGCUGGCAAACGACACCUGGCUGGUGUUUUUACCAUCAGCCCCUGUAAAAACUAGUUCAGCUGGUCUCCUCAUAGUGGCCUUUGUUAGUGCCAUGCUGAGUCUGACGUGCUUGCUGCUUCUGUGGCACCUGCUCUGUUUCCAUUUCUACCUCUUGUGUAAAGGACUAAGCACGUAUGAGUACAUAAAGCUGCAGCGUCAAAAAGAAGCCAAAAGCGGAGACACUGAAGUGGGAAAUUCACAGGACCCGCCAAUAAAAAACAAGGUUCCACAGGUGACAAUUCCAAAGACUCCAUUGAACUCUAUGGAUUGUGAGGCCACACAGAUUCAUGGUGCAAGUACCCGCAAGCUUGAUGAUAAAGGACCACUUUCCAAUCGACUGUCAGAGACCAUGUACACUGAGAUGGAAAACACCAAGAAGCAAUCAACAAUGAAAAACAGCUUCCAUCAGGAAACACAGAAUUCUGCAGAGAAAGAACAAGCAGAAAGAGAGAUGAGCACCUCGAGAAGCUGGAAGGCUGAUGCUGGUGAUGACUUGCAGAGUGAAAGCAUCAAAUCAGUGGAGAGCGUUCCAGAGGUGCAGGAUCCCCUUGGAAGCUUAGUGAUGACUCCGGAUGACACGUAACAGUCAGAAGUGCAUUGGGAUUAUACGUUCGCUCAGGGACACCUUGUUAAAAUGAGUUACCAUGGAGCCAUUGGUGUAAAUGAGGACAUCUUCAGUUUGUUACCAGUCAUGAAGCGUUUUCAAAGAGGACCCUACUUUUUCAUCGUUACUUAACUUCACAUUGUCUUUUUUUAUUUUUUUUAAUGUUGAAUUAUGUCAACUAAUUUUUCAUGUUAUGGACUUGUAUGGUGGUCCAUCUUCAAUGUUGGAGUCUGUGCCAUUAAUCUUGGUCAAGUAGAUGUUUUUGGCAUUUGGAGAGCUUUGAUUUAUUUUCCAAACAAAACCUGUUCCAAGUACAUGGCAGUAAUGCUUAAAUCAUGUCAUUUUAUCUGCCGGCGAAAGAAACGACCUUGUAUGGUCAAAUAGAUCCGUGUGUUGAGAAGUAUGGUGGAGCACAUUCUAGUGGAAGAAGAAUGAGCAUCACUUCUGUGUUUGAUGAUUGUUACAUAUUGAUAAUUGUGUUAGUGUUGUUUCAUGUCAUAGUAAAGAAUCAAGAGCAAUCAUUUUCGUGAUCCCUUACUUUACAACUGGAAGAAUCUGGGACAGAUGUUCUCAAAAUUUAGAGGAGACAUUUUUCCAAGGGUCUAAUGACAAUUAAACAUAACGUGUGCUCAGAGGGUACAUCCAACAAAGAGGGCACCCAUGGCUCAAAUUGGAAUACACAUAAUUAUAAUACAUAUGACCAGAUAAGCACCACCCGGUGCAAUAAAUUAGGGGUCUUAAAACGUGGCUAAAAAGAGCAAACGGGCACAUAAAGGGCAGGCCAAAAAGUAGGGGCAUACAUAUCCCCAGUGCCUUGUGGGGUCUGCCACGUGUGUUUUCCUAAUUGUCCCCAAAAUUAACAUUACAAUUUUUUGGGAGAGGGAGUGAGAUUAAAUUUGUAUUUUGUGAAGAAAAGAAACUUGUAAUCUCAAAAAGGUUUUGUCAUUGGUGUAAAGUUGUAAUGUGAAGAGAAUCAAGUUAUUGUUGAACUUUAAAUUGUAAUAUGAUCUGUCAAAGGUUAGAGAAGAAAGUAUUAUGUUAGUGGAUUUAUGAAGUGCAAUUUUAUUCUUGGAAUAUUACACCUUCAAUUCUGGGAAAGAUGUUUUAUAUAUAUAAAAAUGUAUGUACUUUUUGAUAUGAUAUGACCAAUUUAUUGAAAAUUAAUUUGUGGAGUUGUGCAAUAUGUAGGGUACAAAAUAACAAAAUAACAGCACCAUCAAUAUUUACAUAGAUGGUCAUAAAUCACACAUUGCGAAAAAGCCAAUUCAAUUGAUCACAUUCGUAGCCGUCCUGGAUCAAAUACAGGCACUCAUAC